AUGUCGGAAAUUCGUCAGCGCCAGGCUGCCUCAGCCAAGGACAAUGGGCAAAAGAAGCCACAAAGCCGAUCGCAAGACCGUCCGAAGUCUGGCGAAGAGCAGGGUAUCAGUGUGAUUGACGUGAUACGUCUUAUUGCCACGUUUACUAUUGUCACUUUGGGCAUCUCUUACUACAUGACUAAUGGGGAGUCGAUGCUAUUCGGCUACAAACCCUGGUUCUCGAGGUGGCCAGUCGUGAAGCACUACAUGACCGGACCGGUUAAGCUUACUCCUGCUGAACUCUCCCGCUACGACGGCAAUGACGAGUCCCUCCCUAUCUACGUAGCUGUCAAUGGCCAUAUCUUCGAUGUCUCCGCCAACCCGGCCAUGUACGGUCCAGGCGGGGGGUAUCACUUUUUCGCAGGAAAAGACGCAACCCGUGCCUUUGUCACCGGUUGUUUCCAGGAGGAUCUAACGGCCGACAUGACUGGCGUGGAAGAAAUGUUCAUGCCUGUGGAGGACGUGGAUGAAGGCUUGACGUCAGGAGAGAAAAAAGUGCGACGCGAACGGGAGUUGCGACACGCGCGUGCACAGGUUGAGAAGACUGUUGCGAGAUGGCAGGGAUUCUUCGGGAAUUCUCAGAAAUACUUUCAAGUUGGGCGAGUGGUUGGGUCAGAGUUGGAGAAGGAUCCUGAAUUUGGGAAGCGAGUGCUUUGCGAUGGAGCGCAGAAGCAGCGCCCAAAGAGAAGUGAAAUGGCGGAGGACUCAUAG